AUGAAUGGAGAAGAUCCCUGCUGCCUUAUGUUUAAGAAGGCAAUAGAUGGGGGGCAGAGCCAAGAGGGUGACUUGGGAGCAGCAGAUGCUGUGAGCUCCAAAAGGCAGCACCCUGCGACCUGGGAUUUUAUGGAUAGGGUGGGCCUUGAGCACCUCAAGGACUUCUGCCCAGAAUUUGUGGAAAAUCUCAGACGACAUUCUGCUCCAGAGUCCAGGCUUCUUGUACCCAAUCCCAACAGAUCUAAAGCUUUCCAAAGUCUAAAGGGCUCUGUCAGGUGUUUGGGAAACAUGAUAAAUGAAGACAUUCAGACCCAGAACUCCCUCUGUCGAAAAGAAGUAAACAUGAAGUCAUAUGAUAAUUUCAUACCAAUUAGUGAAUCAAGCACAAAAUCAUGGAGUCAAGAAUAUUUUGCCUUGACAUUUCCCAAAUCACCUCAACCAGGUAGUAAAAAGAGAUCAAGACCUAGAGAAUUACACAUUACAGUUCCUGGAUAUGACAUAAGAAAACCAGAGGGAGUUCAGAAGCCAGCUCACAUGUGGAUAAGGCAUUCUUUAAGAAAAAAAUUUCAAAGGCCAUCUAUUUACUUAACUGUUAGGAAACAGAUUCCAUUUAGACAAAAUUGUACUCCCAAAAUUAGUCAUGAAAAGAAUCAAUCUAAAAUGUCCAAAUAUGACAAAAAGAUAAAUUUUAGGAAACGUGUCAAGAAAAUUACAGGACCACAAGAAAAAACUGCAGAAUUUUAUAGAACAGUAGCUUCUGAGAAACCUAGAAAAGGAAAUAAGACAGAUAAAACUUCAUUAAAACCAUCACGUGGAAGUGAACUAUCUAAUAAGUCAAUUUUCAAAUCAGAAAUAAACUUAAAAUCUACAUAUUUUAAGGCAGCCUCUGUGAAAAAUUCAAAAAAAGAAAAAAUAUCAAACAAUUCCAGUAGGAAAGAUACUAAAUCUAAAUGUUCAAAGAAGGGUUCUAACAUUUCAAAGAAUGAUUCUGAUAUAUUAAAGCCUUCCUUGGAAGAUAGCUCAAAUAUGGAGUCAAUAGUGUAUUUAGAGGAAUCUGGUGAUAAAUUCAAGUGUUUUCGUAAAUGGCCAAAAAAUUCCUCACAAAAUAAUUCAAAGAAACCUUCAAAAAUGGAGUCAAAGAACUCUGAUGCUGACUCUGUAGAUUCAAAGGAUGCAAAGAAAGAUGCAAAGAAGGACAAGAAAAUUAUGAAGAAAGACAACAAAAAGAAGGAUGCAAAUAAAGAAACAGAAUCUACUGGUGCUGAUUCCGUAGACUCAAAGGAUGCAAAGAAAGAUUUAAAGAAGGGUAAGAAAGAUUCAAAAAAAGACAAGAAAAAAGAUGCAAAGAAGGAUUCAUUGACUACUGAUGCAGAUUCUCAAGACUCUAAGGAUGCAAAGAAAGAUCCAAAGAAGACCAGAAAAGAUUCAAAGAAAGGUGACAAGAAAAAGGAUGCAAAGAAGGAUUCAUUGCCUAAUGACGCUGAGUCUGAAUCUUUAAUAGAGUCAAAGAAGGGUAAGAAAGAUAAGAAAGAUGACAAGAAGAACGAUGCUAAGAAGGAGGUAAUGUCUACUGAUGCUGAUUCUGAAUCUGAAUGGGACUCCAAAAAAGAUGAAAAAGAUGAUAAAAAGGACAAGAAAGAUUUAGAGAAAGAUGAAACAAAUAAGUCUGCAAUAAAAUCUGAAGAGUCUACUGAAACUGAAUCUGAAUUGGAAUCGAAAAAGGACAAGGGUGCCAAAAAAGUUAAGAAAGAUGAUAAAAAACAGGAAGCAAAGAGUAUUGAGUCUGUUGGUGCUGAAUCUUCUGAAGUUUCCAAGAAAGAUCAAAAAAAGAAGUCUGAAAUGAUCAAAAGUGCAAAUGUUCAGUCUGAAGAAGGAUUUUAUAAACCUGGGAGGAAAAAGAAAAGUGUUGAUGAAUCAGAUGCUACAUCUACAGAUUUAAAGAAAGAAACACCGGGACCAAAGAGAGAAUCCAAAAACUUAUUUAGAAAGACUACAUUCAAAGGAAAAGAAAAAAAUCUAUGUGUAGGUAGAGUUCCUUUAUCAAGAGAAAGACCAAAACUACCUCCCUGUGAGCCUCUCCUACCAUUACUGAAGAUGAAAACUCUCUGUUCAGACAAGAUGACUACUCCACUUCCAAAACCAAGACAUGCUCCUUUGCCUGAAGCAAAGUGGAUUCAUAAAUUCCUGUAGAGAACAACAAAUUGCUUGGUUCCGUAGAAUGACCUUACCACAGUAAAUACUUGCUACUCUCAAAUGAGCAUUUCUACUUCUGUGGGACUGAAAAUAAUAAAAACAAGUCUUCAAUUAGUA